AUGGAUAAAAUGAAACUCUUUGACAAGAUCUCUAUAUAUCUAGAUCCUAUAUUUGCAGUGGUACUGAUCGGACUAGGAGCACUUAGAAUAUACGAAGGAUUGUAUGACUCUACUCUUAAUCUUUUGCUUUUGGCAUAUUACUUCUUCUUUGCAAUCAUUCUAUUAAUGACCAUUUGCUUUAAGAAAGUGCUCUAUAAAUAUAUGGGAUUUCUCAAAGGAGAUUUUUGCAAAGCAUUGUUCUAUAUAUUUUUGGCUAUUCUGAUUUUCGCUGAUUAUCAUUACUGGGUUAAUGUUAUAGUUGGGAUAGUAAUGGGAACUGCUGCAAUCUUCAAUCUAAUUAGAUUUUUGGUAGCAUUAUGUGAUAAGAAAGAAUAGGGUGAAUAGCAAGCAGCAUCCUCAGGCAAAGCCAAUGAACCCUUAGUAUGA